CGUAGGAAGCCUGUUGCUGAUUCCCAACCACAACAUUGCUGAACUCAGCUGUCACAACUUCAGCCCUCGACUGACUGCUCUGCACUGAUUGACAUUUGAGCAAUUGACUCUACUCGCCGUCUUUUACAACCAUAGCCACACGCGCAGCUACGGUGUGUAUUUUCUUUUUUCUUUUUUGCCCUCAUCACAAACCUACGUAACCUUGUAUCGGGUUCACUUUGAGAGUCGGCAACGUAUAGCUGCACACUGGCUGGGCACAAUGCUGUCAAGACAUGACGGAAGAUUUCCACUUAAAACCAAAGACACUGCACUAAAAAUGUCUUCCCUGGCCUUUGGAAUGGAUGAAUUCUGAAGAGAUGGAGAACGAAGAGCAGAGCCUUGCAGAAGAGCAGGCCGGCACACCUCCACAGCGAGGACUGCUCCACAUUUGGCAAUCAGGGGGACCGAGUGAGCCGCUUAGCCCAGAAAGAGUGCUUCUGUCCCAGUGUGUUCUUCAGGUGGCUCUGGGAGAACAUCACGGACUCCUGCUGGCACAGUGUGGUCUCGUGUAUUCUUUUGGAGAGUUACUGUGGAGGGGGCUCAGUGUUCCUCCGUCAGCUCCAUUGUUGGAGGCCUCCCUGCGAGGGACGACCGUGGUCCAUGUGGCUUGUGGUGGUUUUCAUUGCGGGGCGUUGAGCGAGCAGGGUGGCAUCUACAUGUGGGGGGAGAACACUGCAGGACAGUGUGGACCAAGUGAGGGGGAUUCGGACUCCAAUGUGACUGUUGCAGAACCAUACCCGCUGGCUGUGGUGGACAAUGAGGUGGUUCCUCCUGUAGCAGUUCGGAUUGUGGAUUUGGCCUGCGGACGGGAGCACAGUCUGGCGUUGUCUGCUCAGAAUGAGCUGUGGGCCUGGGGCAGUGGGUGCCAGCUCGGUCUUGUCACAAGCAACUUCCCCGUGUGGAAACCACAAAAGGUGGAACACUUGGCAGGCAGGCAUGUGAUUCAGGUGGCUUGUGGGGCCUACCACAGCUUGGCUCUGGUCCGUUGUUUACAUCUUCAAAACCCAAACACUCCAAAACCACUAGAGAGGCGACCAUCAAAGAGGGAUGAGCCUUUUACCGCUGAAGAUGCGCACUACUGUCCACUUGGGGUGGAGUUAACGGAAAGCAUGACAGCAGAGACUUCAGCCACUAAACGCUCCAAACAAAGGUCCCGGCAGCCUGGCGUUAGCCAUGAAGCCCAAGCUGAUCCGUUUCCAUACUCCUGCAGCAUAUCUGACAAUAAAGAAAAUGUUCCUCUGGCCGGUGCGGAGAUUGAGCCUGCCGAACACGCUGACCCCCUAACCCAGACGGACAGCUGCACUACAUCAUACCCGCUGCCAGCCUUGACAGAUAAAAAGAAAGCUACUUUGCCUAAUGAGCUGGAGCUUCACAAACUCCUUCAGAAGCUCUCUGGUCACUCAUUAGAGAUGCAACAUAGCAGAAGACUUGGUGAUGCAGACUCACUGAGCAGUCACACCUCAGAUGAUAGCUUUUCCUCAACUCCUUCUAAUGAGCUGCUACACACAAGUUGUGAAAAUGACUUGACAUUUCGCAGUGAGGUGGUCCGGUCUUCCUCUUUAGUGGGCUUGGAAGAGGAUCCUCUGCGGAAGAAAAAAGUAAUGCUGUCACACAAGAGCUCUAGUCUGACAGACAUUAACCUGAAAGGGAAAACGGGAAACAGGAGAUUCUCCCUACCUGGAACACCCACCAAUGCAACCCCAAGGCGACAACAACAUUGUGGAAGCAAGCCAUCCUCUUCUUCAGAGGAUGGUUUUCCGUCCUUGGAGACAGAGGUGUGGAGCUGGGGCAGAGGGUCGGAGGGGCAACUGGGCCAUGGAGAUCAACUGGCAAGACUCCAGCCUCUUUGUAUUAAGAGUUUGACAGGCGAGGAAGUGAUCAAAGUCGCCGCAGGAUCACACCAUUCACUGGCUCUCACCGCUCAGUGCCAGGUCUACUCAUGGGGCAGCAACAUGUGUGGACAACUUGGUCACGUCAACAGUCCUGCUACUGUUCCACAGCAGGCUAAGCUAUCCGAUGAUCUUCGGGCUUGGGAUGUGUCGGCGGGCCAGAGCCACUCCCUCCUCUUGGCUGACGGAGACGGUGUCCAGCCCGUGCUGAUGUACUGUGGGCAGCAGCAAGAGCCGAGGUCGAAACGGAAUGAGACAUCCUGCCAGAGGGCCCGUUCCAACCAGCGCUCACCGAACAGGGCUGAAAGUUACACAGUCCGACCCUCCUUGAUGCCUUUUUGCAUAGAGAUGGGUUACAUCAGCAGCGUGUGUAGUGGCGGUCACAAGUGUGCGCUGCUGACUGACCGCAACGUCUCGGGUUUUAUCUUGGCCAUCCACGAGCUGGCUUCCAUCGAGAGGAAGUUUUACUGCUGGUUAAGCAGUGUCAGGAAGCUGCUUCUUACGCCCAUUUUCUACAAAGAGAAGGCGCGUCCAUCCCUCGGUGAGCCCUGCACUCGUCUCUUCCUCUCCUUCUAUAAAACGUCCGUUCGCCUGAGCAUCCUCAUCGGUCAACACUCGACGUCGCUCACCCAUUUCCUGCACGUGUUACGUCGAGAUGUCACUUCCCUUCACCUGCUCACCCACACUCAGCACUUCCUUGACAUCUAUACUGAGUAUUGCAGUGCUGUGGGGGACUUCCAGGUCAUGGGUGGAUUGCAGUCGCUCCAUAAACUCUCACUAGAGUGUUUAGGUUCUAAGCAGACCAAACUUGCUCAACUUUCUGAACUGGACCCAUCAGUAAGCGGUGAUGGCGAUCUGGCUUCGGUGUUGUACUGGCCUUUGCAGCAGCUCCAGCAGUACAGUCGAGUCCUGCUCCAACUGGAAUCUUGCUAUGACAUGCUUACAGCAGAGUAUCAGUCCCUCCAUCAGAGUGCUGUGCAAUACGAACAUCUCUCUGUGACACUACAGAGGAGAAAGAAGGAGGCUGAAGCCACUUUCCUCUUCUGGAAGACUCACUCUGGGAAAAACACUGAGGGUCUGCGUCUCCCACAGCGUCGCGUCUUAUGUGAAAGCAGCAACAGAACCCUGACUCUGCAGGGCGCCGGCCGCUUCUCCAACCACUGGUUCAUACUGUUCAACGACGCCUUGGUUCACAUACAGCGCGCCGCUCCUCCUAAGAGCCUCUUCUCCACUCAUCGUGUCUACCCUGUCAACCUUUUGUGGGUUAAACCACUUCCUGAAAACGACAGUGGAUGCUAUGCCAUCAAAAUGUCAUGUCCAGAAGAGACGUUCAUCCUGGUGGCCUCAACACCACAAGAGAAGAACAAGUGGCUGCAUUUUCUUAAUCAAGAGGUGGACCGGGUGCUGAGUGGUGGAGGUCAGGGUUCAUCGCCAGGAAUAACAGCAAUGUCCCGCACGGCCUCCUAUACUUUCAUGGGAGACGGACGAUUCAAGGAUGCUCAGUAUACUGGGAGCUGGCUAGCUGGACGAGUUCAUGGCAGAGGAACAAUGAGAUGGCAGGAUGGACGUAUCUACACGGGGAACUUUAAAAAUGGACUGGAGGAUGGCUAUGGCGAAUGCAUGAUUCCUGACAAACUGCUGAAUAAAGCAGGUUGCUAUCAGGGACAGUGGCGAGAUGGCAAGAUACAUGGCUUUGGCAUCUACAGGUAUGCUACUGGUGAGGUAUACGAGGGUUGCUUCAAUGACGGCCAGCGCCACGGCUAUGGCAUGCUGCGCUCAGGCAAGAUGGACAAGACGUCGUCGGGUGUGUUCAUCGGCCAGUGGGUCUGUGACAAGAAGACUGGAUAUGGAGUCUCUGACGACAUCACCAGGGGUGAGAAGUACAUGGGUAUGUGGCUGGAUGAUGACAGGCACGGGAGUGCCGUGGUCGUGACUCAGUAUGGUGUUUACUACGAAGGGAACUUCAGGGAAAACAAGAUGAGUGGUCCCGGUUUGUUGGUAUCAGAUGAUGACACGGCUUUCCAUGGGGAGUUUUCAGAAGACUGGACCGCCAACGGGAAGGGUGUUUUGUCCCUCGCAAAUGGUGACACUUUGGAAGGUCACUUCAGUGGGGAGUGGAGCACAGGUCUCAAAGUGGACGGAAUUUACAGCAAACUAUCAACUGAUGAGAUUGAAGACAAGGAUAGAAAAAACUUAAUGCGGUUGGGUCAGUAUGUGGUGGCUGCAGAAGAGAGGUGGGUGUGUGUUUUCGACGAAAGCUGGAGGCGGCUGGGCUGUGACAUUCCCGGCAGAGGGGAGAGGACAGUGGCCUGGGAGAACAUUGCCGUUUCUAUUUCAAGUGCUCGACGACACAGCCCGGACCUGAGCAGGUCUCAGAGUAAAGUGCUGGAGUGUUUGGAGUGUAUUCCUCACCACGUAGAUGCAGUCACCACCACAAAUUAUGACAACAUACGAAAAUACCUCACUAAGGCAUGUGAGACCCCAUUCCACCCUCUGGGCUGGCUGGUGGAGACGCUGGUGACCGUCUACAGGAUGACCUACCUGGGUGUGGAGUCAAACCACAGGCUGCUCAGGGAAGCUGUGAAGGAGGUGCAGGCCUACAUCAAACACUUCUACUCCAUUAUCAGGUUCCUGUUUCCUGGCUUACCAGAAGAUGGCAGCGUUCUACCAGAUACUCCCGUUUCUCCAUGUAGAAUCAGAUACAGCUCAUAUUCCGAAGAGCCAAGCUUUGUCUCUGUUGUGAGCUGCUCCACUCUGCUCCUCCCACUGCUGCUCCCUCAACUCUAUCAACCUCUCUUCAUGUUGUACUGCCUCCACGACGAACAGCAGGAGGCUCAGUACUGGGAGCGCAUCAUCCGACUCAACAAGCAGCCCGACCAGUCCCUGCUCAGCUUCCUGGGCGUUCGGCAAAAGUUCUGGCCAAAGUGGAUGUCUGUUCUCGGGGAGAAAAAAGAGAUUGUAUCCAGCAGUAAAGACGUCAGCUUCGGUAGCGCUGUCGAGACACUCCAACAAAUCAGCACCACGUUCACUCCCUCGGAUAAACUCCUGGUCAUUCAGAACACUUUUGAGGAGCUGACCCAGGAAAUCAAACCCAUGCAGGACGGUGACUUCCUGUGGUGCAUGGACGACCUGCUCCCUCUCUUCCUCUACAUUGUGCUCAGGGCGAGAAUCAGAAACCUGGGAGCUGAAGUGAGUUUGAUCGAAGACUUGAUGGAUCCGAACAUUCAACAUGGAGAGCUGGGACUAAUGUUCACCACCUUGAAGGCGUGUUACAUGCAGAUCCAGUUGGAGUCACCGAUUUAGCAGUGAGCAGGAUUGACUGAAACCCCGCUUCAAGCUACCAUUCGGUCCUUCCAUCCUAGUACUACUACCAAGUAUGUUUCCACACUUCUCACUGGACUUUCUUAACUUGAAUUCAUUUUUAAAACAAUGAGAUCUUAUUGUAGCUCUUGUUGGAUCACCUACACGCACAAAUGCCUCAGGGAUUUCAAGUACUUAUACUGCAAAAUGUUCAUACCGAUGUUACAUUCUCGAUUGUAUUUUUUAUUUUAUUUUUUUUGGAUGGGAGAAAAACAAAAAACACCAUUACUACAGACUAUUUGCUUUUUUGUGGAUGUUGUAGCAGUCAACUUUUUUUUUUAAAGCAUUUCAUUGGUUGCAAGCUGGACGUUAAUUUCUACUCGACCCAUAAAGUAUAUUGAGAAAUACCAUAUCACCGCUGUUGGGCAGAAUUCCCACAUCUCCACAUCACUACUUUUAAAAAAGUAAAACAAAAAAACAACAAAAAAAAAACAUUGCUCUACUUGGACUAACAUAAACACCACAUUACCCUAACAUCAUGUUUAAUUGCUAAUUUAAUUCUUCAAAUCAUUGCUAACUUAUGACGCUGUCAUCGAUUAAAAACGGUAGGACAUGUCACCAUAUGGCAGCCAUCCGCAAUCAGGUCUACAGGCGACCAGACAAAAAGCGACGAUGGUUUCAAUCUUUCUCAAAGGUUUUAGAGCCACAAGUAAUACAAUACAUAAAAUGGGAAGCUGACUAAGUCAUUUCAGAGGUGGAAAUGAAUCUACGCGCAGUUAACUUUGUGGCUGACCAGUUUCUCGGGACACAAAGCAUUACAGCUCCCCGUUUUUAACAAACGAGGCUUGCCCAAACAUAUUUAACCCGAAGUAUUUUCAAUCGAUUGUCAAAUAAAACGCGAUCUAAGGCCUCUCGGCUCCCGCAGAGUGAAGGAAGAGGUAGAGUUGAGUUCAGUAGAUUUGUUCGCAAGCUAUUUUCAACACUCUGAAUUGGUUAAUAAUUCAUUAAAAAAAAAUACAAAUAACAGAUGACAUGGGCACAGGGGCCAAUAGUAUAGAUUUGUGAUAAAAUAUGCAACUGACCAUGUUUGAACAUGCAAGUUUUCCGUCCAACAGCGAUGAUAUAUUCGUAGGCGCAUCUUAAUGAAAUGAUUUCAGUAGUUCACGUCACAAAAGGGAAACUUUCCUUUCAAAGACUCAUUCAACCCAAAAUUGGAACAUAUUUUCAGAAUGCCUACAGAAGUCCUACAUCAUUUCUUAACGAACAAUAUUUUUAAUGUAAUAUCGUAAUUCCUUGCACUGGUGAAUUUUUGAGGUGCAUUUUUUUGGAUUGAACUACUGAAACUGUCUUUUCCGCAGUCAAAUUAAUUGAGACGCUUCCUUGGGGAAUAAGCAGCGGAUAAAGCUACAAGUAUUUAAAAAGGGAAAUCUUUCAUGCUGUAUAAUCGUCUUCAGGUUUUAAUUAAUGAUGAUUCUAUUAACUGUGGGUCGAACACAUUUCAUGCAAUUCGGUUGCAUUGUUUUGUGUGUGUUGUAGCCUUUGUUGCUGUCGGUUCAUGAACUACUAAUGUGCUUAUGCAAAUGAACAAAAUCUAGCACUUUUUUUCUCCCCCCUCACUGUGUGCAAUUCCAAGUGUUUGACAUUUCAGAUGCAUCAAGUAUAGAAUGUCUUUUUGCUCGUGUUACAUUGUAUCUUUAGAUUUAUGCACUUCAUUAUUUUUCCAACACACAAAAUGAAUUUGAGGGAGUCAAUGUCAUGAAUGCACCAUCAUGUAUCGCACCGAUCACACUCACCUCCACAAUUUAAAUCAUUCGUCAUAUAUUUCAAAUGUCUACGACUGAAUUCACCCCUCUGAAUAUUUUUAGCAUGUCGCCAUAGAAAAUGCAGUCGACAAGAAGAGAACAAUCGAUUUUCAAUAGAGAAAUAAAGCAUCAUUUGUAUUUAUCCAAAAAUGAACAAUGAAAAGGAUUUAUUGUAUACUUAAGAUGCUUCCUGAUGUAAAAGCAAAUUUCACAAUGUGCAGUAUUUGUAAUAUUGCUAAAUGCAAUAUAUCUUUAUUUAUACAAGCACACUAACUGUUUUAACAUAUCACAUGUGUGGCUUUUGAUUGACACCUCAAUUAAAUGAAUUGCGAUUAUUAUUAUUUUUUGCAUUCCAUCUAAAUUUUUGUUCCCUUUUUAUUAACAUGUUUUUUUUGUGAGAUAAAAAUUAAUUUACACAGAGUCAACUAUUUAAUGAUUUAAUUUUCUAUUUGCUGACUAGAUUUAACAGUUCACAAAAACCCCAGAUCCACCAGCUGUAGAAAUCUGAAUGUUACAAAAGAAACAAUAAAAAUGUUUUUUCAUAUCAAAAUUAGAAAUUUGCAUCCUGAAAAACCCCCCAACACAUUUAUAUUGACAGUGAUUCUCAAAGUGUGCUAUGUGGACCACAAAUGGAUUAUUGUAUUAAAGGUUCAACCUGUUCAUCAUCAA